AUGGAUAAAGACAGAACACUAGUUGUUGUGUCUCCUCCUGUUGCCUCACUUUUUCCAGUUGCCUCACCGUCUCCUGUUACCUCACUCUCCCUUGUUGCCUCAUCCUCUCCUAUUGCCUCACCUUCUCUUGUUGCCUUACCCUCUCCUAUUGCUUCGUCUUCUCUUGUUGUCUUGCUUCCUUUCGAUGAAGAUACAGAAGAAACAUUUGUUGAUUCAGAUUAUAAAUUGGCCAUCAAGGAGCUUCAGCAAACACUGGAUGCAUUGAAUAUUCAAAAUCCAUUGCUAAUUAAAGAUUUGUUGGAAUUUGAAGAAAAAAAUAUAGAGGUACAUCAACAAUUUAAUAAUAAAGCCCUUAUUGAAGCUGCUAUAGAAAUCAAACAUAUAGAAAAUAAAGUUGUUAUAGAACUCUUAACCAGAAAGGAACAGUUGAAUAUUUUGUGCAAUGCUUUGAGAAUUGUCGAUGAAAGAAUUGAUGAUG